UUCCACCUCAACAACAUGGACGAAAAAGAGCAGGCUGACCGUAUGGCGGCUGCAGAAGCCCUGUACAUGAUUUCAACUCGCGUUGACAAAAGUGGGCCUGUAACAAAAUUAUCUAAAAGGGGCAGGAAAAAGAAAUUGUUUGAAUCGGAUGAAGUUAUUCCUGUCAAACGAAAAGACGAAGACUUUGGGGUUGGCGUUGGACGUAGGGGCCGCGGUAGAAGGGGUGGUGGACAGCGAGGUGCUAGCGCUAGUAGGAGAGGUCGAGGAGGGAAAAAUAAUAGCCCUAGAGGCAGGGGUGCAGGACGAGGUAGAAAAACAUUGUUUGAAGAAGACUUUAUUGACGAGUCGUCAGAUAUAAGUGCGAAUAAAUAUGAUAAUUUGUCAUACUUCCAUAAAUCACAAACUGCAUCACAGGAGUUUGAGUUUGAUGAUGCCACUGAGCAAAAUCAUAAGAAGAAAACAAAUAAAACCAAAACUGCCAAAGCACGAGACCAAAGAAUAUCAUCACAGUCCCCACAAAAUGCAUCUAAAUCCCCUUCAGGGUCUGGGUUACAUUCCACGCAAGAUCAACCAGCCCAUCAUGCUAUUGGUUUUACUGGAGCAACAAUUUCAAUUACAGAAUAUCCAACAAGACGAGCAUCAGUUGAACCAUCCCAUAAUCUUGGCUCUGUCACAGGCAUUAAACAGGUAAUUCAAACUUUUAUUUGAAACAUUAAUUUAAGAAAAUGUUCUUACACUUUAAUGUUACAUUAUUGCACUUACAGUUAUUAUUGUCUGUAGUCUAAGUCAGCAAAUGCAAAUCUUUUCAUUAUAAUGUAGUCUUACCAAAUGCAAACUCAAAUACCUUAAAAAAGAAUUACCAGGUACUUAAAAUUUUUUUAAUGAAGGUUCAAUAAUAAUUUUAUUCCAUUUUGUUAAUUAGAUUGCAGUUUUCUUAGUACUACAGUAUCUUUAAAUGGCAAUUUACUAACACAAUUCUUAAAAUGUUUCAUUGAUAGAUAUUAAAUCAUAAUUUAAUUUAUUUUGAAUCUUUUCUUACAGUAUACCUUGUCAUCAAGAAACACAUCUACAGCAAUGUCACUCUCUAGUCUCCCGUCCAUUAACCUUCCGUCUUUCACUACCGAUGGUAUCGCUAACCUGCCUUCUAUUCCUCUUGAGAUUGCAUCAUUGCAUCUCUCUUCUCAACCAACGCCCAAUCUGUCA